AUGAAUGUGACCAUUGGCCCCAAUGGGCGGACAACUGAAGUUAGGUAUGUGGAGAUGCACCAUGAGGCUCUCCAAGACGGCCUUCCUGGUGACAACAUUGGCUUCAAUGUGAACUCAAAAUGUACCUCCCUGGGCAUCAUCAUGAACAACCUUGGUCAGAUAAGUGAUGGUUAUGCUCCAGUGCUCAACAGUCACACCUCUCACAUUGCUGUGAUGUUUGCUGAGCUCUCAAUUAAGAUUGACAACCUUUCUCUGGAUACCCACCACUUGGUUGUUUUGCUGCGAGGGAAAUGUGUCAGAACUUGGCUUUUGUUGUCGUCAAGCAUGUUGAGCAAGGAUCCUUAAGGUGCAAAGUUCCCAAGUCCGCAGCAAAGUUGGAAAUUGAAAUGUGCUUCUCAGAUCUAUCAUACUUAGACUUGUUUUGUCUAUAUCUUUGAUUUUACUCUUUUGCAAUUUUGGUUUCGUCAUUUUGGUAGUUUUGAGGCUGCUUUAAAUUUUUAAUACAGUUCUCUAGCAUUGAUUUUGAGGAUGAAGGGGUUAUUGAAACUUGAGCAAUUAGAUGUCUUCUGGGUGCAAAACCUCCAUCUCGCAAUUCAAAGUGUUCUUGCUUUC